GUAGAGGGAGGCGGCGGCGAGGAAGCUGCGGCGAUAAACACAGGGCGUCUGCGCCUAUCUAAGGAGGACGAGAAGUGACAACGGCAUCGAUGCUCUAACAAUGGAUUUAUCAGAUAUGCUUCUCUUUAAAACAUUCUUCUUUGUAUGUCUACUGAACAACGCUCAAGGACACUAUGGGAAUCCCCUGAACAAGUACAUCCGCCACUAUGAGGGUCUGUCCUACGACACGGACCCAGUGGACGACAAGCACCAGAGAGUCAAGAGGGCCCUCUCCCACGAGGACAAGUUCCUCCACUUAGAUUUCCACGCACACGGAAGACAAUUUAAUCUGCGGAUGAAGAGAGACACCACCAUAUUUGCCCAAGACCUAAAGGUGGACAUCUCGGGCACUGAGAUACCUUAUGAUACUUCCCAUAUAUACACAGGGGAAAUCUACGGGGAGAAGGGUACCCUGAGCCACGGCUCUGUGGUGGAGGGCAAGUUCGAGGGCUUCAUCCAGACCUACCAGGGCACCUACUACGUGGAGCCAGCCGAGAGAUACCUGAACGACAAGGACGUCCCCUUCCACUCGGUCAUCUACCACGAGGACGACAUCAACUACCCACACAAGUAUGGGCCAGAAGGGGGCUGUGCGGACCACUCUGUGUUCGACAGGAUGAAGAGGUUCCAGACCUCAGCUGUAGAGGAUUCUACGGAGGAGGUCUCUCUGGACCCCAUGCUGCUGAGGAGGAAGAGGAUGGCGCAGGCGGAGAAGAACACCUGCCAGCUCUUCAUCCAGACCGACCACCUCUUCUUCAAGUACUACAAGACCAGGGAGGCGGUCAUCGCCCAGAUCUCCAGCCAUGUGAAGGCCAUCGAUGCCAUCUACCAGGGCACGGACUUCAUGGGCAUUCGCAACAUCAGCUUCAUGGUGAAGAGGAUCCGGAUCAACACCACCAGCGACGAGCGUGACCGGCUGAACCCCUUCCGCUUCGCCAACAUCGGCGUGGAGAAGUUCCUGGAGCUGAACUCUGAGCAGAACCACGACGACUACUGCCUGGCCUACGUCUUCACCGACCGGGACUUUGACGACGGCGUCCUGGGCUUGGCCUGGGUCGGGGCCCCCGCAGGGAGCUCGGGAGGAAUCUGUGAGAAGAGCAAGCUGUACUCGGAUGGGAAAAAGAAGUCUUUGAACACGGGCAUCAUCACCGUGCAGAACUACGCCUCCCACGUACCCCCCAAAGUUUCCCACAUCACAUUCGCACACGAAGUGGGUCACAACUUCGGCUCCCCGCAUGACUCUGGAACAGAGUGCACCCCAGGGGAGUCCAAGAGCCAGGACAAGAAGGAGAAGGGGAACUACAUCAUGUACGCCCGCGCCACCUCUGGAGACAAGCUCAACAACAACAAGUUCUCCAGCUGCAGCGUGCGUAACAUCAGUCAGGUGUUGGAGAAGAAGAGGGGCAACUGCUUCGUCGAGUCGGGCCAGCCCAUCUGUGGUAACGGGCUGGUGGAGCCGGGGGAGGAGUGCGACUGCGGCUACAGCGACCAGUGCAGGGACCAGUGCUGCUACGACGCCAAUCAGCCCGACAACAAGAAGUGCAAGCUGAAGCCCAACAAAGUCUGCAGCCCCAGCCAGGGCCCCUGCUGCACCCCCGAAUGCUCCUACAAGGGCCGCAACGAGAAGUGCAGGGACGAGUCGGAGUGUGCGCACCAGGGAAUGUGCAACGGAGUCACUGCCAUGUGCCCCACCUCGGAGCCCAAGGCCAACUUCACCGCCUGCCACGGAGAGACGCAAGUCUGCCUCAACGGGGGCUGCUCGGGCUCCAUCUGUGAGAAGUACGGUCUGGAGGUCUGCACCUGCGCCAGCCAGGAUGGCAAGGACGAGACGGAGCUCUGCCACGUGUGCUGCAUGGAAAAGAUGAACCCCAACACCUGCAGCAGCACGGGCUCGGAGCGACUGGCGCGCUUCUUCAACAAGAAGGUGACCACGCUGCCAGCCGGCUCGCCCUGCAACGACUUCAAGGGCUACUGCGACGUGUUCAUGAAGUGCCGUCUGGUGGACGCCGACGGCCCGCUGGCCCGCCUCAAGAAGGCCAUCUUCAACCCCGAGCUCUACGAGAACAUCGCCGAAUGGAUCGUGGCCCACUGGUGGGCGGUGCUGCUGAUGGGCAUCGCCCUCAUCAUGCUGAUGGCCGGCUUCAUCAAGAUCUGCAGCGUGCACACGCCCAGCAGCAACCCCAAGCUCCCGCCGCCCAAGCCCCUCCCAGGUACCCUGAAGAGGCGACGAGCCCAGCAGCAGGCGGCCUCCCAGGUCCAGCACCAGUCCCAGAACCCCCACUCCCAGCACCCGGCCCACGGGGCCCACGGGGCCCACGGGGCCGGCCAGCGCCCGGCCAACCGGCAGCAGGCCCCCCGGCAGGCCCAGCCCCAGAGGCACCACCGCCAGACCCGCGAGAACUAUCAGAUGGGCCAGAUGAGACGCUGA